CUGCAUCUCCCCGUCGCGCUGCGGAGAGUAGUGCAGCCUGCGGAGCUCCUGGCUUUGCCCGCUUCCUGGCUGGCUCAGGUUUAGCGGGCUGGGAAGGUGCGAGCAGCGCAGCCGGGGAAGAGGCGGAGACCGAGGGGAACAAAGCGCAGAGGCAGCUGCAGGCGAGCAGGCACAGGAGACGGCUGAGGGAUGGCAGCGGGAAGGGGCUGGGGGCUGCUGGCGCUGUGCGGGGCGCUCAGUGCCUGCUGCUGGCUGCUGUGCGUCGGGGCGGCUGAGCAGGAGGCUGCCGCCGGGGCGAGCCGGCGGCGGAGGCUGAGCCAGGAGGACGGCAUCUCCUUCGAGUACCACCGCUACCCGGAGCUGCGGGAGGCGCUGGUGGCCGUGUGGCUGCAGUGCCCCUCCAUCAGCAGGAUCUACACCGUGGGGCGAAGCUUCGAGGGCAGGGAGCUGCUGGUCAUCGAGAUUUCGGAUAACCCCGGGAGACACGAGCCUGGGGAGCCUGAAUUUAAAUAUAUCGGGAAUAUGCACGGGAAUGAAGCCGUUGGAAGGGAGCUGCUUAUUUUCUUAGCUCAGUACCUAUGUAAUGAAUACCAGAAGGGAAACGAGACAAUUAUCAACUUGAUCCACAGCACACGCAUCCAUAUCAUGCCAUCCUUUAAUCCAGAUGGGUUUGAGAAGGCAGCAUCCCAGCCUGGUGAAUUCAAAGACUGGUUUGUUGGCCGAAGUAAUGCUCAAGGAAUAGACCUGAACCGUAAUUUCCCUGACCUGGAUAGAAUAGUUUACAUUAAUGAGAGAGAAGGUGGCCCAAACAAUCACCUACUGAAAAACAUGAGGAAAGCUGUGGACCAGAAUCCUAAGCUUGCUCCUGAAACUAAAAGUAUCAUUCACUGGAUUAUGGAUAUUCCCUUUGUCCUCUCAGCCAAUCUUCAUGGAGGAGACCUUGUUGCAAACUAUCCAUAUGAUGAAACGCGCAGUGGUAGCACUCAUGAAUACAGCUCCUGCCCUGAUGAUGCGAUUUUUCAAAGCUUAGCUCGGAGCUAUUCAUCUUUUAACCCAGCCAUGUCUGAUCAAAACAGACCACCAUGUCGUAAGAAUGAUGACGACAGUAGUUUUGUAGAUGGAACAACCAACGGGGGUGCUUGGUACAGUGUUCCUGGAGGAAUGCAGGACUUCAAUUACCUCAGUAGCAACUGCUUUGAAAUCACAGUGGAACUCAGCUGUGAAAAAUUCCCAUCAGAGGAAACUCUGAAGACCUACUGGGAGGACAACAAGAACUCACUUGUCAAUUAUAUUGAGCAGAUACAUCGGGGAGUGAAAGGAUUUGUUAGAGAUCUUCAGGGAAACCCGAUUGCAAAUGCUACCAUUUCUGUGGAGGGAAUAAACCAUGACAUUACAUCAGCCAACGAUGGUGAUUACUGGAGAUUGCUUACACCAGGAAACUACAAACUUACAGCCUCAGCACCAGGCUAUCUAGCAAUAACUAAAAAAGUGGCUGUUCCCUUUAGCCCUGCCAUUGGGGUUGAUUUCGAGCUGGAGUCAUUGUCUGAAAGAAAAGAAGAGGAGAAAGAAGAGUUGAUGGAGUGGUGGAAGAUGAUGUCAGAAACUUUAAAUUUCUAAAUGAAGUAUUUGAAUGUUCAGCUUUUAAUCUAUUAUGUGUUGACUUAGUAUAAUGUGCUGUGGACAGACCCUAUAUUUUAGAUCUUGUGCAGUUCACAAUAUUUAACUUUGAUUUUUUUCAGUAAUCUUUUGAUUAGUACCAGCACUAGUUAAAAAAAUGACUAGGCUACUAACUAGACAAAUAAAAAUUAUUAAUUUUUAUUUCAUACUGUUAUAGAAAAUUAACUCUCCUACAUAUACGAUUCACACACACACACACACACACACACACACACACACACACACAAAAGAAAAAAAAAGAGGCUGCUGAGACAUUCGAAGUGGAAAUACAAUCUUCUAUGUGUAAUUUGCAAGUCCAGAAUUUGUAGGUUAACUCUGGAUUUAAAAAUACCCAUAAUUCUUAGUCAGUUUCAGAUACUGCCAGAAAUGUCUGGCAAUGCAUAUGAGCAGAAGAUGUUCUGUAUUGAGUUAUAAUGAAUGUAGUUGAAAAGGUAUAUAAUAACAGUUUGGUGUUGUAAGUAAUGUUUUACAAGAAUUAAAAUCCAGUAUAAAAUUCUCUGUCUUUGGUGGUGGAAGCUAUUUAAAUAAAUAAGAAACAAACUUAUAGCUUCAUUUUAGUAAUGUAGAAGGAACUUGUAUACAUAUUUUUACUGAAGACGACCCAAUAUUAAUAACAGGGGAUAAUGUUACUUUAUCCCUUAAUCUGUUACUGAUACUCCAAGGUUGGAUUUGAGGUUUUUCGGUCACUCACUAACCAAAUUAAAAUUCUGAAUGGCAAAAAAAGAAACGCUGCAAAGUGUGCAUUUUGUUAAUAGCAACAGAGGGUCCUGUGGCACCUUUGAGACUAACAGAAGUACUGGGAGCAUAAGCUUUCGUGGGUCAGAACCUCACUUCUUCAGAUGCAUUUUGUUAAUAUGCUUCUUGUGCUUGUGGGGUGUUCCUGUGAGAAAAAUGUUCAGUGUUUCAGCUGAUAUAUAACUACUAGACACCCAGUUAUGGAAGAACUGCCAAAGGUUUCAGUGUGGUUUGGGUGAGCAGCCAAAAGUUCCAGUGCUCAUCCAAAGCCACCUGACCCUCUUCAAUUUACAAAAUGGGUUGGAAAUCUACUAAGGACAGGCAUUCCUUCUAAUGCUCAAUGGUCUGAGCCAGGCAGUAGUAGUGUUGUUUGAAACUCUUGUUUGUUCUGCUGCUGGUCUUGUCUAAAUCUAGGAGAAACACAGGUGGGUAAAAGUGAAAUAUAUAUGUAUACUAAAAUUUUACCAAAAUAUUUUACAAGGAAAAAAUAUACAUUUCAGUUCUGGACAAAUUUUUGGACCUCCAAUUUAUUUUUAAUUAUCUGCACCAGUUUGUUUCAUUAUUUAGUCCGUGAAAAAUGAAACUUUCAGGUGUCUAAACAUAAAAGUAUAAACAUAGACUACCAGAUCCUCAGCUGGUGUAAAGUGACAUGGUACAUUGAAAUCAAUGGAACUAUGCCACUUUAUACCAGCUAGGAUCUGACAAAGUUUAGAGUGUAUUGCUGUGUGUCAUUUAAUUUAGGAUCAGGUGUUUGACUUUCCCCCCCCCCCAACAAGUAAUGGAACAGAAGAAAUAGAAUAUUGUAUCAUCCUCUCUCAAAUAAAUCUGUAGUUUUAUUAGCCUGUAUUUUCAGUCAAUGGGGGUUGCAGGAUUCAGAAUUAGAUUAUCAGUGCCCAGUCUUGCUCCCAUUGAAGUCAAUAUGAACACUACCAUUUACUUCAUGUGUUCAGGAAGAGGCCCCACUUGAUCUGCUUAAGAUUCUAGCUUGACAUUCACAGCAAAUUGUGUCCUUGGACUUCCUGCAUUUCUUAAACAAACAUAGCUCUUUGACUUUUAAAAUAAAAUGCCCAAGAUACUGCAUAUGUUCCUAUACUGAACAGUAAUGAAAAUGAAUAACCUGAUUCCUAUUGAACCAAAAAAUGACUGUGUAACAUGUAGAUCAUUGCUACAGUAAAGUAGUAGACACUGGCCUACAAAUCCCAAGGGAACUCUUUUAGUAAGAGUCAUGCUGAAGAACCUUUGUCACAAACACAAAAAAAACAUUGAUACAUUUUUUUUACCAAAAUCUCUGUGUAACCUCCACCUCCCACCCCAGUGUGUGUAAAAAGUCGAGGAGACACAUAGACACAAACACCUACUACAUAGUAGCUUAAAAUGUAGAGACAUUAAAUACAAAACCACUUGACUGUAUGAUUAUAUGUAUGGAACAACUGAUAGUGGGUUUAGAUAAAAUGGGCAAAAUAAAAAAAUGGUAUGAAUUAAAACAAAGGAGUGCUGGCAUUUGGCAAUGGCUACAGAGUUGCUUUCAGCCUGUAAAUUAUUGUAAUAAGGCAAGUGUACAUUUGUACAAAAUACAACAUAAAACAGCAUAAUGUUAGGCCAGAAGGUGCUGUUAUAUGGUGCAACUCCUAUCAUGUAGCCAAUUUUUCUGCAUAGGGAAUUCUGUGAUAUAGUGCAGACAUUACAUCAAACUGAACCUCAUAAUGUAUUUCUAAGCCUUGCUUGUAUUCCAUGCAUGCCAUUAUCUGGUCUAUUGUUUUAUGCAUUUGUAAAUGAAAUGUAAUGUCCCCUAAGCUAUCAUUGUUUUACUUCAGUUGUCUGCUUGCUAUUAGUUGUACUGAAACAGGCUGAAGUAAUUAAAUAUUACAGCACCAGAACCACUGCCACUGUUCUUACUGUAUGUAAAAAUGCUUAAGAACAGCAGAACCAGGAGUGUCAGUAAAUAGUUUAUGUAGCUUCUCUAGCUGAACUGAUCUGUGCUGUAGGAUUGUGUACGUUGCAAUGGAAGAUUAAAAGUGUGUUAUGUGAUGCAGAGUUCUUUGGUUGAAAAAGGCACAUACUGUACUAUUGUACAAUAAAUAGGUCUAUUUAAAAUGUAAAA